UACAAUAUUUUUUUCUUUCGAUUUAUUUGGGGCUGAGAGUUCUGUUUCGCGCGUUCUGUUUCGCAUCUUUGUAUUUUUGCCAAUGUCAGGAUAGAUCUGCCUUCUACUAGCUCGACGCGCUAUCGCUUCACACAGCACGGCAGGCAGCACUGGUCCUGGUAGGACCUUCUCAGGUUUCUGCAGUAGCCAUAGAGAGUGCAUAGCUAGCGCGGAGAAUGCUCUAGCGCGCCUCGUCAGCGCUAGCGCCUCCAUGAUCCAGCUCCUAGCUCCACUCUCCAGUCCACCAACCCACCGCUCUGGCUCGUGCUGCGAGAUCGCCGUGACAUGUCGCCAGGACAGUCGCUAACGUUAGUAUUGUGACAGUGUCCGUAAUGAAUGAAAACGAUGCCGGAGCUAGCUCUGGUCGCCAGGAUUAUCACAUAACCGCAGGCUUGAACCACUAGCGCUUGAUCGAUUCUCGCACUGGGCGAAGUUAAAAAGUUAGUUAGUUCGAAGGUGGUCAGUCGCUCUGGAUUUAUGUCAGACUGCUGCCUCAUGCAAAUAAUCGGAUUCGGGAAUGCUGGGCAAACAAGUUGAGCUCGAUCUGAUCUGCAUUUUGGCUACAUCAUACAUGACCAUCCGUGAGUCGUGUGUGUGACGUCAUCAGUGGAGAUUGUAGCCUAGUCUGGAGCACUCGGUGACUGUCCUGGCUGAGUGUUAUCAACUGCGGUCUAGGGUUACAAUACCCCCCGUCUCUCAAGGACAGUUCAGCGCAGCACGGCACAGCGUCGUUUGACAAGGAUCAUGGAGCCGGUGACGAUCAAACGCAGCGGUACAGCCCUUCUGCUGCUGUUGCUAUGCACGCUAGCCGGCGCUCAUGCAGGCGGGGAAAACUCGGCGGCCGAGGAGCGCAUGAACGUUCUGUUCCUUGUCGUGGACGAUCUACGACCGGCCCUGGGCGUGUACGGCUAUCCGGGUGUCAGCACGCCGCACAUCGACAGGUUUGCGACGGACGGUGGCGUGGUGUUUGAGCGUGCCUACUGUCAGCAGGCCGUGUGCGCACCGAGUCGUACGUCGUUCUUGACCGGCCGACGUCCGGACACGACGCGUCUGUAUGACUUCUACUCGUACUGGCGCCAGGCAGCGGGCAACUUCACCACGCUGCCGCAGCACUUCAAGGAGAACGGCUACUUUGCGGCGUCCAUCGGCAAGGUCUUUCACCCGGGUAUAGCAUCUAAUCAUACAGAUGAUUAUCCGUUGAGUUGGUCUGUACCGGCAUACCACCCACCGACACAAAAGUACAAGGAAGCCAAGGUAUGCUCUGGCCCUGACUCGAAGCUACACAUGAACCUGCUGUGUCCUAUUCGCAAUAUCAGUGCAAUGCCCGGAGGAUCCUUGCCUGACAUCCAGAGCUCUGACUAUGCCGUGUCGCUGCUGAGGCAGAUCGCCAAAGGCCCUGGAGACCGCACGCGGAGCAUGCUACCCACGGGCGAUCCUGUCCCUAGGGAGCCGUUCUUUGUGGGUGUCGGAUUCCAUAAGCCACAUGUUCCCUUCAAGUUUCCUGCAGAAUACCUGGACUUGUACCCGCUGGACAAGAUUGCACCUCCCAGCGAUCCCAACCUUCCGCUUGGCAUGCCGCCGGUAGCGUACGAACCAUGGACGUCACUACGACGGCGAGAGGAUGUCAUUGCGCUCAACGCUUCCUUCCCGUACGGACCGCUGCCUGCAGACUUUCAGCUGAAGAUCCGUCAGCAUUACCACGCUGCUGCCAGCUACACGGAUGCCAUGCUGGGCAAGGUGCUGGAUGAGCUGGAUGCGCUUGGUCUGCGCAACCGGACAAUCGUCACCUUGAUCGGCGAUCACGGCUGGGCACUGGGAGAACAUGCAGAGUGGGCCAAGUUCAACAACUUUGAAGUCGGUGUGCGCGUGCCGCUCAUCGUGCGAGUGCCGGGGGUCACAGACUCGCGCGAAGAACUCGCCGCACCUCGCUUCGUCAGCGAGUUCGUCGAGCUGGUGGACGUGUUCCCGACCGUAGCCGACCUUGCCGGCUUGCCCACGCCGUCGACGUGCCCGGAAGACUCCAGUAACGUACUGCUGUGCACGGAGGGUGCCAGCUUUGCGCCGCUACUGAAGCCAGCGCUCGGGGAGGAUGCCGCUCCGCAGAAGUGGAAGUCGGCCGCGUUCAGCCAGUACCCGCGCCCAGCCGAUCAGCCGCAAGAGAACAGCGACCUGCCGCACCUGGCCAAUAUCACGGUGAUGGGCUACAGCAUGCGCACGCUGCAGUACCGGUACACGCGCUGGAUGGCAUUCGAUAACACCGCCUUCCGCGCCAACUGGAGCGACGUGCGCGGCGAAGAGCUGUACGCACACGCGGGUAGCCACGGCGAUGAGACCGGGGAGGACAAGAACCUGGCCGGUGAUAGCGGUUUUGCUGAUGUAGUGGCUGAGCUGGCCGAUAAGCUGCGGCGGGGUUGGAGGGCAGCGCUGCCGCCAGCACCAUGAGAACGGCAGCAGCGGGGUGAGCAGACACGAUGAGCUGCCCAAUGCAAGGUUUGUGUUGUGCUGGUGUUAGCGAAGGUACUAGUAGAAUCAUACCUAAACUGACUUCACUCCCACCACAGGUCCGGUGUGCUCUGUGGCCGACCACACACACACCGGCGCUUCCCACAACAACAAGAGACAUAAUUAUAAUUCCUUUUGGCAGCUGUUUCAGUCAUUGAGACAUCAUAGAGAGAAGGUCGAGGUGUUGAAUGCUGCUGCUUACCGUCUUCCAGAAUAGUUUUGCUGCAGUAGUGUAUAUAUGUGAUUUUUUAUCAGUAAUUCAGUACUCUGAUUUUUCUUUUGGAAUAUAUGCCGGAGUGGCCAACAGCAUCGUUAUGUUACUUGAUGAUUCACAGAUUGCACCGAUAUGAGCUUGGAACUCAGAGUUGCAACAAGAUACUGUAAAAGCAGAAAUUUUCGGUUGUGUUUUA